AUGCCUUUCAGCCUUCACAUAGAUAAAGAAUAUAUAGUAAACUUGGAUUUACCACCUGAAGAAAGAUGGAAGGAGGUUGCCCAAGCAAAGGCUCCUCAAAUCAGAAAAGUGUUGAGUAGAUUCAAAGAGUUUGUGGCAGACUGGGGCAAAGAUGCAGAAGAACUUAUUAAACUUGUUGAUACAAAAUUUGGUCAGUUUGAUGACACAAUACCUGGUCCAUUCAGAGGUGAAAUUAUGGGAAUGGCCAAAUACUCUAACAUGAAUCUAGGUGAAAUUGUUUUAUAUAAUAUUUUCUAUGAGGUAUUUACUGUAUGUACAUCAAUAGUAGCCCAAGAUUCUGCAGGAAAACUUUUCCAUGCUAGAAAUUUAGAUUUUGGACUUUUCAUUGGAUGGGAUAUAAAGAAUAAGACGUGGGCUAUAACUGAAGUAUUAAAACCAGCUAUAAUUAACCUAAGAUAUACAAGGUCUGGUAUAACAGUGUUUAAAUCUGUUAAUUUUGCUGGUUAUAUUGGUAUACUCUCAGGCAUAAAACCGAAUAUGUUUACAUUAACUAUGAAUGAAAGAUUCAAUGCUGAUGGUGGAUUUAUAGGCAUAAUAGAAUGGAUAUUGGGGAUAAGAACAGGAUCAUGGAUGGGAUUUCUAACUAGAUCAGUUUUGGAGAAUGCUACAUCCUAUGAGGAAGCCAGACUAAUGUUAACUAAAGAAGAAAUGUUGGCUCCAGCUUACUUUAUAUUAGGUGGACUAAAACCAGGAGAGGCCUGUGUUAUAACUAGAGCUAGAGAAUCUACUAUAGAUGUUUGGGAAAUGCCCUCUGCUGGGGGAUGGUAUAUCCUAGAAACUAACUAUGACCAUUGGAAGGCUCCAUUAUUUCUAGAUGACAGACGGACACCAGCUAAUAAUUGUAUGAAAAACAUGACUCAAAGUGGUGUAUCAAUAAAGGGUUUAUUUAAUGUACUCAAUUCAAAACCUGUCUUAAAUAAGCUUACUACAUACACAGCUUUGAUGCAGGUUGAUACAGGACAUUUGGAAACUUACAUAGCUAACUGUACAGAUCCUUGUUUUCCUUGGUAA